UUUCCAUCAGCGGCUUUCGUUCAAUGUUCAAAAUGGAGGACGAUUCCCCAGUUAUUUAUGGGCUAGAGUUGAACGCACGUGCUCUGGUUCCUCAGCAUGCGGAAACAGAUAUGAUAAGGUUCAUUGUUGGAACUCAGUCCCUUAAAUAUGAAAAUCAGAUCCACCUUAUUGACUUUGAUGAUGAAAGCAAUGUCAUCAAUAAAAAUGUGUUUAUGCAUUCUUUUGGAGAAAUAUGGUCAAUGAACACUAGUCCAACAGAUAAGACUCUCCUAGCAACUUGUUACAACAAAGUUUCAGAGUCAAAAGCUGAAAUACAUGGUGCUUUAUGGAGGAUUCCCCCAAUAGAUGACACAGAGCCCCCUGGUUUAGACUCCCCAGGGAUCCCCCCUGGAAGUGGGUAUUCUCGAUCAUUACAACUUAUCUGCCAUUUUGACAACAAACAUGAGAAUAUGAGGAGUGUUUUAUGGAAUCCAUCUGGUGAUGGAAGCCAAGUUGUAACAGUUUGUGAACAACAUCUAGAGCUUUGGGAUCUGGACAGAAGUGCAUCAACUGCAGAGUCAAUUGACUCUGCUCUGCUGGAGGGGAAAGGUCAACCCAAGUUCACAACAGGGCGAUGGAACCCUCAUCACAGUGGUUCUCAGAUUGCCACUGCAAAUGAUACAACUAUUAAAGGUUGGGAUGUGAGGACUAUGAGGCCUGUUUACACAGUUGAGAGUGCACAUAACCAACUAGUACGUGACUUGGACUUCAAUCCAAACAAACAGUACAUACUUGUCAGUUGUGGUGAUGAUUGUAAAAUGCGGUUUUGGGACACAAGGAACACUGCUGACCCUCUAAUGGUAUUACAAGAUCAUUCACACUGGGUGUGGAGUGUACGGUUUAAUCAUUUCCAUGAUCAACUUCUCUUGACAUCAAGCAGUGACAGCCGAGUUAUACUAAACAAUGUUGUGUCUUUGUCAUCGGAGCCAUUUGGUCAUCUGGAUGAGGAGGAUGAAGAUGAAGGUUUACAAGACAAAGGGUCCAGAGAACCGGUAAAAGAUGGAGUCAUAGCAACGUUUGAUGAACACGAGGAUAGCGUGUAUGCUGUGGAGUGGUCUACUGCUGACCCCUGGGUAUUUGGAUCACUGUCAUACGAUGGACGUUUGGUCAUAAACAGAGUUCCAAGAGCAGAAAAGUACAAGAUCCUUUUAUAGAACUUCCUAUAAUCAAGGAAUGUUGAGAGAUCUCUCUAUCAACAGGGUUAUCUGGUAUUAAUGGCGGCGAAGAACUUCAAGUUGGAAGGAGAAACUUAGUUUGCUGACGAAAAAGGAAUGAAGUACCUUGGAUAUAAUUCAAUGCAAAUUACAAGGCGAAGAAGGUUUUUGCCUUGAACACAAUCGUAUCCGUCAAUCGACGUAACUGCUGGUCAGUUAAUGGAACAUUCGUAAAAUGAUUAUUCGAGUAUGAUCAAAGGUCAGCUGUUAAAGUCAACGGUCUCUGGGAAAGGUCACAGGUCCUUUAACCGAGGCUUCUGUUGUCUGGAUAUUUUACAGUCUUGUGAGGACCGUGAUACCGUCUUACACCAUUAACCUCGGAGGACUGGAGAGAAACAAGAAGAGGUUGUAGGCGCAAAAACGAAUACAGCGGAAAGAAGCGUUCUUGAAGAGUUUAUUUUGCGGUCAUGAAUUCUUACUAUGAUCCCCUGAUGUAAUUUUUCAAGUUGACGGUCAGGCUAUUUAAAUCGUCAUCUGGCCUGCCGCGGGGA